AUGGACGCAUCUCCAAGUAUAUCGGUUCAUGGUAUCGACCUAUCAAUGCCGCGAAACCGUUCGUUUUGUACAAUCUCUGCGAGCUCGAUUGACUCUUCGCCGCAGAGAUCUGGGCAAGACUCCCCUUACAACGCCAACUACACGAUGACUUUCGUUUCAGAACAAGCAGUAGCCAGUGGCUGGAUCCCACCCGAGUCCGUCAGGUCUCAGGAAGACUGCUCUGGCGUGCUCUUGCGAAGAUCUCGCGGCAACUACAUCACUGCGUCGCAAAGACUGAACCCCAUUCUUCUUGGUGCGGUCAUCCGGCUGAAUCUCAAUGUGGCCAUUACCAUGCGCCCGCAGAUGUUGCAGGGCAUUCUCGCCUCGUUGAUGCCGGGGCAGACCGAUUUGAAGUUCAAGGACGGGUCUCAGAUUCAAGUUCUCGACUCAUUGGCCCUUGCACAGCCUGCGACGGUGAAGAAGUUCCAGUACGCCUCUGUCUUUAGACAAGAGCGCCUGAUUCUCGUCUGGCACGAUGAUCUUGUCAACAUCGUUCCUCAAGCCACCCACAUAGAAGAAAAGCUGCUCGCCUGGGUUUGGGGAGAAGGGAGGCUGCCCCUUAACAUCUUACAUAUGCCGAGCCGCGCUCCGUCAACCUUGUACGACUCUGGUAUGUCCAGCCCGAUUGGAACGGCAACCCCGGCGGCUGGCAUCACCACGCCGGGUCUCCUGACGCAGUUGAGCAGCAGCGAGGAUGUCUCGGAGAAGAAUGCCUCCAUGGAGCGGCCGGAGUCUGUCGCGAGGCCAGUCGCCCGCGCAUCGGCCGUCUUCAUCGGCUGCGCCAUGUGUCUGUCCCUGUGCCUCCUGUGCGGUGUAUACGUCGGGAAGCUGGUGACAGAGUGUAUCCUCGCCAACGACUGGAUCAAGAUGGCGCUUAUUUUCCCCGUCCCCCUGCUCAUGUGCGUCUCCUUGUUCUUCUUCCAAGUCAUCUUCACCAACAUCUUCCAGAUGAUUGGGCCCAUUGGAGGCGUCAACACCAACUCGCGCCACUUUUCUGCACACAAGCCGUGCCUGAGACGGGCCUACGCCGACGGCUUUCUCCCACCCAAGGUCACUAUCCAGAUGCCAGUAUACAAGGAGGGCAUGGACUCGGUCAUUAUUCCGACCGUGCGCAGUCUGCAGGCGGCCAUGUCGUAUUACGAGUCGCACGGGGGGUCGGCCAACAUCUUCAUCAACGACGACGGUCUGCGGGCCGGGUUGACGGAUGACGAGAUUCGGCGCCGUAAGGACUUUUACACAGACAAUAGGAUCGGCUGGGUUGCUCGUCCUAGGCAUAAUGGGGACGAGGGCUUUGUGCGAAAGGGCAAGUUCAAAAAGGCGUCCAAUAUGAACUUUGCGCUUAAUGUCUCGCAAAAGGUCGAGGCAUACAUGCAAGAACUUGCCGAUGCUAGGUUGGCCAACAAGGAGACGGAUCUCAUUACGGAUGCGGAGGAGGAAGAGAUGUAUCAGAGUGCCUUGGCGCGAGUCCUGGAAGAGAACCCGCUGGCUUGGGCGGACGGUGAUAUUCGCGUCGGAGAGCUGAUUCUCAUUGUAGACUCGGACACACGAGUGCCCGAGGACUGUCUUUUGUAUGGUGCCGCUGAGAUGUUCCUCUCCCCCGAGGCGGCUAUUGUGCAACAUUCCACUGGCGUCAUGCAGGUUACGCAUGAUUACUUCGAGAAUGGCAUCACCUACUUUACCAACCUAAUAUACUCCUCCAUCCGGUUCUCGAUUGGAUCCGGCGAGGUAGCCCCAUUUGUCGGCCACAAUGCCUUUCUCCGGUGGCAAGCUGUUCAAGAAGUCGGCGUGCCUGAAGAAGAGGGCUACAUCCCGUACUGGUCCGAGAGCCACGUAUCGGAAGACUUUGACAUUGCGCUGCGCCUCCAGAUGAAGGGCAACAUCAUCCGCGUGGCUGAUUACCACGACAACGAAUUCAAAGAAGGCGUGUCGCUGACCAUCUAUGAUGAGAUCGCCCGCUGGCAAAAGUACGCGUACGGCGUCAACGAGAUUAUAUUCCACCCCGUCCACCGCUGGAUCUACAAGGGCCCCUUCACGCCGCUCUUCUACACCUACAUCAGGUCCAACAUCAUGGUGUCGUCCAAAAUCUCCAUCCUGGCAUACAUGUGCUCGUACUACGCGCUGGGGUCGGCCAUGUUCCUCACCACGCUCAACUACUUCCUCGUCGGCUGGUUCCGCGACGACCUGGCCUCGAGCUACCUCACGUCAUGGAACGUUCUGCUCUCCCUCAUCGUCGUCUUCAACGCGUCGGGCCCUAUUGCCCUGGCCAUCGUGCGCUACCGCACGGGCGAGAAGGCACUGCUCGAGGCGCUCGUCGAGAACUUCAAGUGGAUGCCCAUGAUGACCGUCUUCUUUGGCGGCAUCUCGUUCCAUAUUUCCAACGCCAUCCUCGCGCACCUGUUCCACGUCGACAUGCAGUGGGGUGCCACGUCCAAGGAGAAGGAGGACAGCAACUUCUUCCAGGAGAUGCCGCGCAUCUUCAGGACCUUCAAGUACAUGUACUUGAUUAUCGUGCUGCUCGUGGGCGCCAUGGUGUACCUGGGAGCGUUUGCGCCACCGGACUGGGCGAUUACCGACUUUUCCGUGAUCGUGCCGCUCGCUAUCAACCUGGGGUUCCAUGCGUUGGUGCCGCUGGUGUUGAAUCCCAGCCUCAUGAUUUUCAACUACUGA